AUGGAUUCAGGGGCCGUGGAUGCCAUCCACGGAUGCAACCAGCGGGCUCCCUGCGUGGAAUUCAUGCACGGCCUGCUUUCCAAGCCACUGCGGCUGGAGCAGCGAGGAGCCACAUCGGGAGAUUUCGUUCAAGGGACUUCCUCGGUAAUCUGGCCGGCUGCCAGUCGUCUGGCUGAGUAUCUCUGCGAUCAUCCCGAGCUGAUCAAGGACAGAAGUGUGCUGGAGCUCGGGGCGGGUUUGGGCCUCGUCGGUGCGGCUUGCGCUGCCGCCGGUGCCAAGCCGGUGCUGGUCACGGACUGCGAGAGGGCGCUGCCCCUGCUGGAGCGGAACCAGGCCCUGCUCGCCGAGGACUCGGUCAUCCUGAACGUCUCGAGGCUGGAGUGGGGUCUGGCAGAGGAUCACGCCCGGAUCCUGGAAGGUCAUCCCAGCGGCUUCGAUCUCCUUGUCGGGAGUGACAUCAUCCUUUCAUCUUUCGAGCUGGACAAGCUCUUCGAAAGCUGCAGGGCGCUCCUGUCUCGCUCCACUGAUUCCAGGCUCCUUCUGGCCUUCGAGUUUCGGGAGGACUGGGAGUCUAUUGGAAACUUCAUCGCCUGGGCCGAGGAAGUGGGCAUGGAGGUGUGCCACGAGGAACUUGGAGAUCCGGACGACGAGAUCUACCUCUACACGUUCCGAUGGACGGGCUGA